GAAGUUGACUUUGACUUGUUAUGAACUAUUUUAAUGUAUCCAUCACAUAUUCACUUCCAUCCAUCGUCGGUGUUCACUGUUGACGUGCAGUCCACCAGAGAACUUCGAUCUUCGAUAUGUUAAUUUAUUUCAGUUUAGCUAUUUGUUUAUGAUUUACCCUAUUAUAUAAAAAAAAAAUACAAUCACCAUGCUAGGAGUAUUUCUGUAUAUAUUUGAAGUGAAAAAAGAGUUUCUAGUUUGUGUUUCAUUAUCGUUGUUGUACAUAACCUAUUAUCUCGUGGAAGUCGUCAAGAAACCAAUAUUAGUUUGUCGCAAGGGGGAGUUUAGACAAUUCCUAGAAGAGAAUGUUCCACUACUGAGUGAGCCCUAUUGGCCGACACCCUGGUGUGUCGAGUCACGCAUGCAGACAGUUAUUGGUUCAGUUUUACGAUCGUACUUACUGCCCCAUGUAUCCUACCGGCGGGAAAUACUACGACUAUCAGACGGGGGGCAAGUGGCACUGGAUUGGGCGGAAGUAGCGACCGGGCCGGACGACGGCGGGCCGCGGCCCGUGGUGCUCGUGCUGCCCGGCCUCACGGGCGGCUCGCAGGCCGACUACGUGCGCUGCCUCGUGGCCGCCGCGCACCAGCUCGGCGCGCACUGCGUCGUGUUCAACAACCGCGGGCUCGGCGGCCUGCCGCUCACGACGCCGCGCCUGUACUGCGCCGUGUCGCACGCCGACCUGGCCGAGGUGGUGGAGGCGGUGAGCGCGCGCGCGGCGCCGCUGCUGGCGGUGGGCGUGUCGCUGGGCGGCCUCAUCCUGGGCCACUACCUGGCGGAGCACGCCGAGCGCGCCGCCGCCGUGCUGCGCGCCGCGCUCGUCGUGUCGUCGCCGCUGGACGUGGAGCGCGGCGCGGAGUGCAUGGAGCGGCGGCCGCUGAACGCGCUGCUGUCGCGGCACAUGGCGCGCAACCUGCGCAACACGGUGCGCGCGCACGCGCCGCUGCGCCGCGAGCCGGCCGACUGGGCGGCGGUGGAGCGCUGCCGCUCCGUGCGCCAGUUCGACGCGGCCUUCACCACGAAGCACUUCGGCUUCCCGUCCGUGGACGAGUACUACCGCGCCGCCUCGCUGCGCGGCAAGCUGGCGCGCGUGCGCGUGCCGCUGCUGUGCCUGUGCGCCGCCGACGACCCGUUCCAGCCGCGCGCCGUGCUGCCGCUGGCGGAGGCGGAGCGCAGCGCGUGCGUGGCGCUGGCGCUGACGGCGCGCGGCGGCCACAUCGGCUUCCUGGAGGGCUGGUGGCCGGCGCGCGCGCCGCAGCGCCAGUACAUCGCGCGCCUGUGCCGCCAGUACUUCGCGGCGCUGCUGGCGCGCCCGCCGCCGUCUAACUAGCACUCGGUUCUAUUCACUGCACGGAGAUAUAUAUAUGUACAUGUUGUUAUUAUACGUUGUCAACUGGUGCUGACGGCCAGUAUCCGUUGUGAUAUUGUCCAUAAACUAGUAUUAAUUAUAUUGUUUUCUAAUGUUUAAA